UAUGUAUUUUAUGUGGCACACACAGAUCUUAUGAAUAGAUAGAUACUAAUAUAUACCAAUUAAUAAUGUACAAAGUAGUAUGGAGACAAUUAUCUGAGUUGAUCCGUGUAAUUGAAACUGAAACUAAUGGACAAGCUAAGAUUUUAUCAUGGGAUAAUAAUAAUAAUAAUUCAAAUCAGUCAGAUGAAAUUCCAUUUCAUGUGAAAAUCUCUCCAAAUGAAGGAUUAUACGCUCAUGCUGAAUUUGAAUUUGAGAUCAUAAUUCGUCUGGAACAUUAUGGAGAAACUCCAGUUGUCCGUUGCUUGAGUCAUAUAUAUCAUCCAAAUAUUGAAGAUUAUGAUAUUGGUGGAGCUGUUUGCCUUAAUUUACUGCAUAAUUGGACGAUUGAAAUGGGCUUGAAAUCUAUCAUUGAUGGUUUGUUAUUUCUAUUCUAUGAACCAAACGAGCAAGAUCCAAUUAAUGAGCGUUUUAUUAUACCAUCUGGAUUGAGUUUUCAACAAGCUGUUAUUGAAUCGUUACAAGGAGGCAGUUAUUCACAUUAUUCUGGAUUGCCAAACAAAGCUUGGUGUAUAUGGUAUGAGAAAAAUAAAACCAUGGAACAACACAAUUCCAUUAAAAUCAAUGAGAAAAUGCAUCAAUCACAAACAUAUAUAAAACAAAACUAUAAUCAAUAUCUUGGAUAUGAUGUUCAUAACGUUACGAUUAAUCAGCAUCAACACCAAAAUAAUGAUGAACAACAAUAUGACUGUGAAAAUUCUGGUAGUCCAAAUGAGAGUUCAUCUGUUACAUCAGAUAAACAAAAAAUAACACCACUGCAAGGUCAUCACAACAAAACAGACACUACGCCAUCAUCUCUUAUUGCCUCUGUCAAUUCAUUAUCAACUUUAACAGUACAGGAAGAAGAAGAAGAAGAAGACGAAAACGACGAAGAAGCAGAACAAAUUUUUCACUCAUAUUUAAAUAGAAACGAAGAGAUGAAUACAAAGAAGAAGAUAACAAACAACAAUCGAUCUGUGCUUAAUGAUGUUCCUUUGUUUACUAUAAAUUUGAAAGAAAUUACAAUUAUAUGGACAAAUAUAGAGAAACCAAUAAACAUUACUUAUUAUUUUAUGGAAACAUGUAAUCAUGCAUGGAAUAAUUAUUUUGAACAUAAAUACUAUGGUCAUUUAAACAUUGGAUUAUCUGAUAUUUUUACUACACACUUAUACCAAAAAUCCAUCUGUCAAUCUAUCAAUUUUAUAGAUGAAUAUUUGAUGAAAACACAAAUCGAUUACAAUAAAACUCCUAUAGACUUCAAUAAUUGUAAUAAUCUGAUUAAUUCUAUUAUUGAUCAAAAUAUGAUUAAUAAUAUAGGGACAAUGUAUUUACAAAAUUGUAAUUCAAUGAAAUGGAUGCUUUAUACAACAAGAUGGCCUUCUUUUCUUGUUCCAGGUAGAAUGUUGACUGAAAAUUUCUUAAAACCGAAUUGGGCAUCACCGUUUCGACGUGCUUCGACCAAACAAUUAUUCGAAGAUAUAAACCGUUAUAUACUGGGUGUUGAAUGGGCUCAUUCAAGUCAAAUAUUCAUAAUCGAUCCUUUGGCCUUAUCACCAUUUUCGCCGAUAGCUCUUCGAAUCAUCUAUGAUCACAAUGAACAUCAUGCUGAGAAAUGGAUAUACGUCUCCGAAUGGUUAUCACCUUGGUAUUCAAGUAUAAUUUCUACAACUGAAAAAAAACGAGAUAGAUUUCCCGGGGUUUCAAUCUUCUGUUGGUUAGCCCUCAUUUCAAACUGGAUUAAUUAUUUAUCUCGAUAUGAAUUAUAUCAUACUUGUCUUGGUUACUCACGUCCUGAAACAACAGUCUUUUCUAAAGCAUGCAGAUUAACAGAGCCAUUUGGUACGUGUUACACUUUUUCGCAUUCUCUAACAUGUGGUCAAAUAAGUUUAUUUGAUGGAUGGAUAUUAUGGUUGAGUAGUUUAUUGAUGCAACAAAUUACUAAAUUCUCAGUUAAAUUAUUAGAUUACAUUAAUAAAAAAUAUAUUAAGUGUCUACCAGUAUGUCGUUUAUCUUCAACUUAUAAUCCACUUAAUGGCUCUUCUACAGCUAUAUAUGUCUUCACAGAUGUUGAUGAAAUUUAA